AUGCCUGCACACUGCUGCACUUAUGGGAACACAGCCCGUGCUCACACUUUGUCACCCCAAGACAGCAUCAGCUCAUGUCAGGUGAACUGGUGCUGGCUGUUGGUGGUGCUGCCUCUGUGCUCUCCAGCAGCCACUUACCUCCUUGUAAGUUCUACUGACCUCCUUACAUGGUGCUCUCAGAAUUUAAAGAGAGUGAAAGUAGAAGCCACAAGACAUCCUGCUGCCUCCCUCCGGAAUCUGCAAGCCAGGACCUGCCAGAACCCUGGUCUGAUCAACCACCCUCUGCCACCAGGACUCCCUGCUCAACCAAUGGUACAGGACAUCGACUCCAUACCUACACCUUGCCCUGCAGCUUCCCAUUGGCCAACAGGUUUGGAAACCAGACCAAAUGGACCAGAACACAAUAAUCCUGGGAUUAAUUCUCACAUUCCAACCGAAAGAAACUUGGUAUUCACAGACAGAAAUAAAAGUGGGGCCACAUUCACCCUCCUGGGUUUCUCAGAUUAUCCAGAACUAAAAGUCCCACUGUUCAUGGUUUUUCUGGCUAUCUACAGUGUCAUCGUGGUAGGGAAUAUUGGGAUGAUGGCCAUAAUCAAAAUUAAUCCCAAACUGCACACCCCCAUGUACUUUUUCCUCAGCCACCUCUCUUUGGUGGAUUUCUGCUAUUCCUCCACUAUUGCCCCAAAUAUGUUGGUGAACCUAGUUGCAGAAGACAGAAGCAUCUCUUUUCCUGAAUGUGUGAUACAAUUUUUUUUCUUUUGUACCUUUGUGGUAACUGAGUCCUUUCUGCUGGCAGUGAUGGCCUAUGACCACUUUGUGGCCAUCUGCAACCCUCUACUCUACACAGUGACCAUGUCCCAGAAACUCUGUGCUGUGCUGGUGGCGGGAUCCUAUGCAUGGCGGGCAGCCUGUUCCCUGAUACUAACGUGCUCUGCUCUGCACCUGUCUUUUCGUGGCUCCAAUACAAUCGAUAACUUCUUCUGUGAGUUCUCCUCCCUGCUCUCCCUCUCAUGCUCAGAUACCCACAUCAGUUCUUUGCUGCUCUUUGUUUUUGCCACAUUCAAUGAAGUCAGCACCCUGCUCAUCAUCCUCACGUCUUAUGUGUUCAUCCUGGUUACCAUCCUCAAGAUGCCAUCAGCCAGAGGGCAUCACAAGGCCUUCUCCACCUGUGCCUCUCACCUGACGGCCAUCUCCAUCUUCCACGGCACCAUCCUCUUCCUCUACUGUGUGCCCAACUCCAAGAACGCCAGGCACACGGUCAAAGUGGCGUCUGUGUUUUACACAGUGGUGAUCCCCAUGCUGAACCCCCUCAUCUACAGCCUGAGAAAUAAGGAUGUCAAGGACACUGUCAGCAAAGUAUUGGGCAGUAAAGUCUCCUCUUUUUGA